UGCAGGGGAAAGGAAGAACGCCUAUGAGAAACAGAAAGCUGCACGAAACAUCCAAAUUAUUCAUCCGUCAUAAUCGCUAACCGCUGGUUAAUUCGAUUUAUGACUGGAACGAUACGUAGGAGUAAUUUUGGACCAAUUUUUGUAUUUUGAAAACAAGAUUUUUAUUCCAGGGGAAAGAGGUCUACGAGCAAGGGAUGAAGGAACAGCCGCGGAGAACCAGUCAAACAAACAGAGCUUUAUCAUCAAGAAUACAUACCGUUAACUAAUCUUUGCUAGCUUCAAUUGAUCAAAAGGAUUUGGCCUUAAAAACUGUUCGGGGACCCAGUUCUUCAGUUUCAGCGAAUUAUUUUAGGCAGCUCCAGCUAGCUGCACUGGCAGCCUUGUAUGAGAAAAUUAGCUGCACAUAGCAGGUGGAUCCGAUUGAAUUAUAAAGCACUUAUCCAUUUGUAUCAAUCAUCGCUGUGUAGGGGAAACAUAAUAUUUGCUGUUGGAUUUAUAUUUGUCGGCGACAAAUUGUCGCUCGCUUCCUUUUAAGAUAUCGUACUGUACAGAUUGUCUCCGAAAACUGAAAUAUAGCCUACGACGAAGGAAACGGGCAAGAGAAGCUGGAUCGUUUCGAUACUUUGUUUCGGAGAGCAAAAGGUUCAGUAGCUAUAUGCAUUGGCAGAGACCGCAGUUAAUCGGAACGAUUAACUAACGCGUUCCCUUCCUGGAAUUGCUGACGGUGAGCUUUUUCUUCCCGUCUUUUCUCCAUUGAAACAAGCAAAGAAACGUCUCAGAACAACCACAUUUGUCCGUCUGGAUUACUGGAUCGCGGAGAAAACCAAAUCACUAAGCGAGCGUCGAUUUGGAACUUGAUUCAUUGUCCACUGCCAUUGUGUCCUAUCGCGGUGACAUAUGAAAUAGGGGCAGAAGUAAACUGGACCGUUUCAGCGCAAGGGAAAGUAGGGAAAUAAAGAUUUAGGAUUACUACUGAAUUCUGGAAUACGGGAUGAAACCUUUGAUUUCUCUCUGGACCGCAACGUUCUGAAGCAGAUUGCACGGCGCAGCAACCUGCAUGGAAUUCUAGCCUGCACCACCAAACGAUUUAUGGUUUGACACAGCGCCCCCCGGCUGCAGAACCCCCUCGCCCCAUCAUGUUGGCCUGUCUACAGAGGAGGCAGAACCCCCCGCCACAGCACCGGGUAUGCGCUGGCAAGACCCUGGAAGCCCCGCACCCUGUCAGCCGAAAAUGUGAGCUGGCGGCUCCCACGCACUCCCCACGGUAUCCCAGCGUGGCUGAGCUCGAUGCCUACGCACAGAAGACCGCCAACAGCCCGCUGUCCAUCAAGAUCUUCCCCACCAACAUCAGGGUCCCACAGCACAAGCACCUUAAUCGGACUGUCAACGGCUACGACACUACGGGCCAGCGCUACAGCCCCUACCCGCACCUCCACACGGGCGGCUACCAGGGCCUGCUGGCGAUCGUCAAGGCCUCCUCCACGCCCACGGCCAAGGGCGUGCUCAAGAACUCUGAGGGCAGGCGGACUAAGCUCUCCCCGGCCCAAAUUGCAGUGGCCCCUUAUCCACCACCCAACAGCAGCACUUUAGCCCACGGCCACGGCCAGAUGACGUACCACACAGGGCCGCCCAAGCCCCCCGAGGCCCCCGCAAUGUCGGUACCCCCCAAUGUCACGGUGGCGGCUUCGGUGAUCCCCAUCACAGGAGGCCGAGGUCUGACCCUACCCCCCCAAUCCAAUCUCCCCUCCAUUCAGAGCAUCAUCUAUCAGAUCAACCAGCACUGCCAGGCCCAGGCCCUGCAGCAGGUGUGCCAGGGGGUGGUGGUUGCCACGCCAGCCAACCCUAGCCCCUCCAAGCAGGCCACGGCUGCAGCGGCCGCGUCCUCCAACUCCUCGGGCGGGGGCUUUGCCGUGGGCAUGGUGCCCCAGGGCAGCUUGGCAUACGCUGGAGCAGUACUGCCCACCCAGGGCGCAGAGAUGGUCAAGGCCGGGGCCUACGUGGACAGUAUGGAUUACAUCCUGUGGCAGCAGAAACAGCAGCAGCACCAGCAGCAGCAACAGCAGCAGCAACAGCAGCAGCACCACCAACAGCAGCAGCAGCAGCAGCAGGCAGUGCUCCGGAUGUACAGUGGUGGCAGUGGGGGAGGCGGAGCCAUCAGCAAGUCUCCGGAGACGUGCGCUCCCGGGGGCGGGGCUGGAGUGGUGGUGGGCGGUGCCCAGGUCUCCUCCAGGCCCUACCCCCUUGCCAGUGCAAGUGGGGGCGGGCUGGACAAGGUCAGCUCUUCCCCUUUGAACUGCGUUGGCAUGCACGGCAACUUCUCCGUGGGCCAGUACUUCGCUCCCCCCUGGAACAGCGUGCUGGUGACCCCCGACAGCGACUGUUACAACCCUCAGGAGCUGCCGGGGACGAACACAGGAGGUCCGGGCACUGGGCACCGAGACCUGGGCUUCCCUCCCCACCAUCACCACCACCACCACCAUCAUCAUCAUCAUCACCCCCCCAUAGACAGUGGCGGAGGCCUCUGCUGCAGUUUGCCCAGCAAGAGCCUGUGCAACACCUCCAUCCUGAGCAGCAGUCUGCAGUCACUGGAGUACCUGAUCAAUGACAUCCACCCCCCGUGCAUCAAGGAGCAGAUGUUGGGCAAAGGGUACGAGACUGUUGCCGUGCCGCGGCUGUUGGACCACCAGCAUGCGCACAUCCGGCUGCCGGUUUACAGAUAAGAAACUGCGACGCCGGGAAGAAUGAAAAAAAAAAAAUCUUAAUUGAAGACAAACAAAGACACAGAAGAGGAGAUCUUUAUUAUAAAUCAAUAGAUAUAUGUGUGAUUGGCACUGCUUUAAGAGGACAGAGGGCUCAGAGGGGUUAGGCUUGCUGUGGAGCGGAGGGGUCCUGGCAUCAGUGGCAAGGGGUGCGAAGGUGUAAAAGUAAGAACGAUUGGCUGGGGAGGGAGGGGGAGGGUUAUUUCCGCGUGGGCCAAUCGGAAGUUCCGUGGUGUGGUUUGCCAACAGGGAUUUGCUCGUUGAUUUUCUAUCUUAGUUUUGAGGUUUUUUUUUUCUUUUUUUAUUUGUGGAUUUUUUUUUUGAUUUGAUUAAACUUUGUGACAAGAUUCAAGGCUUGACAUGACGUGCACACAACCUCCUCUCCCCACAACCCUAGCCACCCACAACGGAGAGUCUGGACCUUCAUUGUUACCUUUGUAUUCCAAAGGGGCAUGGGUCAAGACUGCUUGAGUAACUCCAGGAAAAUACACACACACAAACAAAAUGUAAAAUGUUGCUAAGAUUUGAUGGUCAUGAAAUCAGUACUUUGAAAUGUUGUAAGAAUCAUUGUGCUUAAGAAAAAUGAUAAUGAUAGUAAUUGUAUUCAAAUUGCACUGUUUGGAGUUAAAGAAGCUAGUAAACAGAUUGGGAGGUUGGAGUGGGGUGGUAUGGACAUACAAUAUAUUUAAGAAACUUGAAUACUUGAACCUAUUUUUUGUUGUUUUAUAUAUUUGUAGGUAUACAAUAUGCGUUGGCUGCUAAGGGGAAAAAGUGUCUGAUAAUGCUUAGUUUUUCCAUUUUUUUUAGUUGGUUUGUAUAUUCUUCCUCUGGCUGCAGCUUCUGGUGUACGAGUUGCAAGGCUUCAUCACUGCUUUGGUUCCAUAGGAACCGUGAGCAGGACGGCUUGCUCUGGUAACCAGCACUGGAAACUACACGUAACCUUAAAACCACAAAAAAGUAACAAAAAGGUUCAGAAGUGUCACAAAUGAAGAAUGUUAUUAAUAGGAGGCUGACCAUUAGCGGCCUCCCUUUCCCCAACGUCCCCCCCCCCCACCCCAUCUGACUCACCCUAUACAAAAUACUACAACAUGACUCUUGUGUUUGUGGUGUGCUGCUUGGAUGUUUUUUUUUUUUUUUUUGUUACCUAAGCUUUUUUGUUCAUUUUUUCAGAGCUUUUAAGGUAUUAAAUUGACCUCCCCCCCAAUCUGUCAUUCUGAAGCAUCAUUUAGGGUUCUUCUACGGGGGGAGAUCGUGGGAUAAAAACAUGUGAGCUUUGACCCCAGGAGAGAGGACCAACUAGGGACCUUUAGUAGUGCCAGUCUAGAGAAAAAAAAAAAAACUAGCCGGCCAACCCCUGUGGCUCGGCUCACUUCAUUGGCAGACGUGGUACAGGGGACCGUGAACUUCGUCUCUCAGGCUUUUUGAGAGGAUAUGGAGAACAUCAUCCACCUCCCUCAGCUCUCCCCUGUCCUGCAGUGGGGUAAAAGAGCAAGCCAAGACAGGUUGUGCUUAUAACUGGAAUAAUUUGUGUGCUACUCACUCAUCUCGCUCAUCUCACUCAUCAUCUAGCAGGGCUUUAACCUACCGAAGGAGCUGGUUGUGAUGGACCUGAGGGUGAGGGUGGUGUAUUUUUGGGAACUGAAUAUGGGAAUGGUCAGAGCAGAAGUGAUGCACCAUUUUUCCUGGCAGUUUUUUAAAGGAGUCAUCCUCCUUUGCACUGAAUGCAAUGCACAGGGCCAAAGUCUGACAGCGGCUCUCAGGUCAGAACCCUGAAAUAUUUAUGACUGCGACCUUCCUAUGAAUGUUCAGCGUUGCACUUAAAUUAAGUUUUCAAACUGAAUGCCUUGUUGGACUGUAAUGGAAGAUAAAGUAAAGAACUGGAUCAGAGCCUCAGUUCUCUGUUCCAAUUAGGGCUUUUCUCGUCAGCCAGAUUUUAGCAGCACAUGAAAUUAAUUUCACUUCAGAUAGGUAGCAUUCUCCUUAGGCAAAAUGUUAAGAGGCUGAAAUGAUACAAUUUAGUUACAACUGUGCUAACGUUCAUCCAGACUUUCACCAGAAGUCGAGUUGUGUGGAAUGAUUGCAUGUCCCUCCCUUUUUAAUUGCCAUGUAAAACAAGUCACAUUUAAGAACAUUUUCAGGACGCAGACACAAUCUUUGUUGUUCUCGCUUCUAAUAAGCCAGUCCUAUGAAAGCAGCAUGAGUAAAUGCUACAGCCCUGAUGAUUUGUGCUGAUCCCUGCUAUCGGGGUUUUUUCAGCAGUGUGGGGAAACGUUAUUGUGGGAGCUCGCAAAACAACGCUCGUGAAUCAAAAGAAAUUCCUUAUAACUUUGGGAACUCAACAAAGGGCGUCGGCGGUGCUCUUGAGCAGAAUCGUGCUUUUCUGCGUGAGUGCACGCGUGAAUAUAUGACUUCAUAAACACUCGUGUUUUAUGACGGAGCCUCGGAGACCGAACCAACUUAUUAUCUUGCCACUCUGCAACAACACCGCGAGCGCAUUCAUCAUAUCGCAGCGCCGCGGUAGGAGCCGCGCAUUCGCCUCACCCCUGUUCCCAAACCAUGAAUAUCCAUAAAAAAGAACACCCUGCAGAUAGAUUUGGAGCAACUGCAAAGGAAAAACGCUGGACUCCCUGAAAGGAAUUAAUUGGAUCUUGUUUUCCACCUUCAGACAAUGCAAACGUGGAAUGCUUAAUUUGAUUUUCUGUUAAUAAAUAUCCCUGCCAGCGAAGAGAAAAAAAAGAGGACCUUGGAACUAAUAAGCUAAUAGUUUAUGUAAAAGCAGCACUGUCUUGGAAAGCUGACGGAGCGAGUGGGCUGUUGAAUACCCAGCCCCUGUGCUUGCUCCCCAUAAGCCGCCUUAAUGAUACGGUUUAAUCUUUUGGGUUGUUGCAUGGGCUUAAUACCCCUGCCGCAGUUUUGUGUUGUGAAUUUCUCAUAGAGCUACUACACAGCUUUACAGAGACGCAUCCGCCUACAAAUCCAAUCUUCUUUGCAAGUAAAACUAAGCACAUAUUAAACCCUUCACUUGACAUGGUUGUCUUUCGUUAACUCCGCUGUAACGGAGCUCUUUGCUCUAACCCUUUUCCUGUAAAGCCUAACCUGGGUGAUGUUUUGGCACAGAUCUCCUGCAGGAGCCAAUCAUACUAAGAAUCUUUGGUCAGUGCGGGCUAGGGAGGGGAGGCAUGCCUUGGUUUUGAAAUGAGUUGUGUUGGCCAUUUCCUGGGGACGUUAUUGAUCCACAGUUCAUAUUCUUUGGGUUGCGAUUAACUCCCAUAUUGAUUGGAGGCGAGGGUAAUACACAUAGAAUGUAAAUGUAAAAUCUCCACACCUUCCGGUAAUACUUCCUCUCUCUGCAUUCGAUCUGAAGUGUAACUUCAUUUUGUUGCUUUCUGAACUUUCCAUUGAACCACUUACCGCUGGAAAUUUAGUUUAAUGGCAUAUGUAAUAUGCAUGAGGGGGCCUCAUUUAAUUCUUCGGUAAAUAAUUCUACAUACAUAACGCAUGCAUAAUUG